CAUGAGUCAUUUUAGUCAAGAUAAAGAACAGAUAGCAGACAGCACGCUUAACUUUAGAAGAUGCAAUCAUGUCCUUUAAAUGGGUACGAGAGAGUGGAUGAUUAACUGACACGACAAUCUUCUGGGGAAAUAAAUUAAGCUCUUGCUCUUGACUAUACAGAUUUAUCAUGAAAAUGUUUAUACCAAUAUUGAUAGCUUUGUUAUCCAAAAAAAACAAAGCUAUUAAUAUUGAUUUGGCAUAUUAAAAGAGGGUCCUCAGGAGUGCAUUAGAAAGGUUUUUUCAGUGAAAAAAACACUAGAUGGCGAUGUUUUGCAGCCACAGCUUUCUAUGGGAAAGUUGUCUUUGCUCUGAUGACGCACAGGAUUAUAGCCUCUGUUUUCUAUCCCACUAACAUUUGUCUUCAUGUGCUGUUCCUUGUUUUACGUCAGCUUGAUGUAUCUGUUCUUGUCAGCCUCAGUCAGGCUUCUGUGUUCUCGGCAGAUCCCGUACAGCCCACAAACUCCCCGCACAGAUGAGCAGUAUGAGCUCAAGUGGCUCAUGGUUUAAACUGAUGAUUGUGUUGCGCAACACUCAUCAAAACUGCACUCAAGUGGUCAUGCUAGCUCAAGCAGAUAUCUGUGUCUGAUUUGUAGAGCUCUGCAAAUACGCCAGAGCGCAAGAAAAACAAGCCACACUGGUAACCGUGAUAACUGAAAAUGUAGAUGUUUGUUUUUUUGCUGUUUUCGUCUGCCCACAUUUGAAAAAUAUGUUCUGUUUCUCCUCCAGCUUCAGGGAGGAUAAUCAAAAAAACAAUCAUAUUGCCACCUUGUGGGAUGUUCUCCGCAAGGGCUGCAGUGAAUGAACCUAUUCUGUCUCAAGGAGCGUGAAAUAAAUGAGAUGGAAAUGAGCUUGAAAUGAGCACAAUGAUGAGCUAUGCGAGCAUCUGUUGUUAACAUACAGAUAAAUUAAGAUUUCUCUUCAAAGCGUAAAGAAUGAAUACCAUCUGUAGAAGUGAAGCCAAGCAGUGACGUUGGCAAAGUGCUGCUGAUGUGAUGCAAAUUGUACUGAACUUGUGGUGACUUGUUUGUAAUGUCAGUUGUUGCUUGUUGUUUUGUAUUGAACCUUUUCAUAUCUGUGUUUUGUUGCUUCUGCAGUAACAUAAUCCUGUUUUUUAUACCUCAGUGUGCUCAAGCAGCCAGCAGGCAGAGUGAGCAGCCGACCAAGUGAGCGUUAUCAAGUAUCAGGGCUGUUUUUACUGCUAUCACGUGCCAGAUAGAAACAGAGAUGAUGGGGUGAAUAGAAACACACGCCACGGACAUGAGAGGAGAGGUGCAUGGUCGAGGGAGGGAGGAAGAGAAAGAAAAACAGAUCAUGGAGUAGAGGGAGUCAGACUAAUACUGAAAAAGCUCUCUUACAUGUCACACGUGAGUCUGCAUCGGUCUUGCCAAAGAGGGGCUCUAUUUUUAGGGGAGGAAUGUGCACAGGCCUCGUGGAAAGAAACCAUAACAACAAACAGUAUCCAACGCGCUGCCUACAAAGAGAGUCGUGCAAACAGCCACACAGAAUCAACACCAGGAGAAAGUGCAUGGACAUGUCAAUACAUCGUAUUUUCUGCUGAGAACUGGCUUUGAUGACAGCUGGACCCCCAGAAAACAGAUUCACCGAAGAAGAGGGAAAAGCUACGUUUCCGGCUCCCAGCAUGGAUCCAACAGUGUUUGAGGUCCGUCACUACAAAGACAAGGAGCAGUCGUCCCAUCUGCUCCUGCAGCUCAACGCACUGAGACAGGAGAACAUCCUCACGGACGUGUGGCUGUGUUCAGGUAACACGCAGAUCCCCUGCCACCGUAACGUCCUGGUGUCCAGCAGCCCGUACUUCAGAGCUAUGUUCUGUAACAACUUCCUGGAGAGAAACCUGACCAAGAUUGACUUAAAAGGAAUCGCGUCGGCCGUUCUGAGCAGCGUCAUCGACUACGUUUACACGGGACUCAUCUCUAUCAGCAUGGAUGUUGUGCUUCCUCUGAUGCAGGCGGCAUCCAUGUUGCAAUAUGGUCGCCUUUUUGAGACCUGCUCCGGCUUCCUUCAGGAGCAGCUGAGCCCAGACAACUGCUUGAGCAUGAUAAGACUUGCUGACAUCAUGGACUGCAGCAGUUUAAGAGCCAAAGCAACAGAAAUGGCCAUGGAGAGCUUCUCUGAAGUGUCCGCUUGUGAGGACCUGCGGGAGCUGUCCUUACCGGAGCUGAUGGGAUACCUGGACGAUGACACUCUGAGUGCGGGGGAGGAGCAGGUCUUUGACGCGCUAGUUGCUUGGGUCAGUCAUGAUCUUGUGUCCAGGCGUGAGGCCGUCAGUGACCUUUUCAAAAAGGUUCGCCUCCGGUAUAUCCACCCCACCUACCUCUUCCAGUUCGUUGCAAACGACCCUCUGAUCCAGUCGUCCUCCCUCUGUGUGCAGCUCAUUGAAUGUGUGAGACGCCUCAUGUUUUCUGUUAGCACCAAAUGCACUGCCGACUUUCCAGUGGACUUCAAACCUGUGUGGGUAGCGCCGCGGCGCUGCACCAACAGUGAUAUGUUGGUGGUGAUAGGAGGGAGGAAGAACAAUGUCCAGACCUCGAGGGAGGCCCUAGUCUUUGACGAGUUGGCCCAAAAGUGGCAGCGGCUCACCAAGUUGCCCAUUCGUCUUUACAAGGCCUCCUAUGUUUCCCUUCAAAGUGUCCUAUAUGUAAUCGGAGGUCUGAUCACAAAUACAAAGCACAGUCAAGUCAGCAGGACCGUGUACACCCUUUCUCUCAAGACCAACCAGUGGCGGACUGCAGAGCCCACGUUGGAGCCACACUUUGCUCACCAGAGUGUGUCUUACCUCCACUUCAUCUUCGUCCUGGGUGGGCUCGGACCAGACAGACGCCUGACAAACAGAGUGGAAAGGUACGACAGUAUGUUCAACCAGUGGGAGUUGAUGGCGCCCAUGCCGGAGGCCGUGCUGCAUCCUGCAGUCGCUGCCACCAACCAGAGGAUCUAUGUGUUUGGCGGAGAAGAUGCCAUGCAGAACCCUGUCAGGCUCAUACAGGUCUAUCACAUUGGCAGGAACUUGUGGUCUAAGAUGGAGAACAGAACAGUGAAGAAUGUUUCUGCACCCGCUGUGGUCAUGGAUGACAAAAUCUACAUCAUUGGAGGAUACACCAGGAGAACCAUUGCGUACGAGACCAGGACCAACACGUUCAUCAAGUGUGCCAACCUGAGGGAGAGGAGGAUGCACCAUUCUGCCACCGUUCUCAACAACAAGCUCUACAUCACAGGCGGACGCUACAUCACCGGCCAUGACGUCAUCGAGGACUUGGACACUUUUGAGUGUUACGACCCAAAGACAGACGCUUGGACUUUGAAAGAGAGUCUGCCGUGUAAACUGUUUGAUCACGGCUGCCUGACUUUGUCUUGUGCGUCACAGAUGUGGGCAAAAUCAUAACCAAGAUACAAUGAGUCACUUUUAAUGAAGUGAUUUUUUUAAAGUAAUAUUUUAGUGCAUUGAAAAACUUGAUUGAGUCAUUUUUAAUGAAAUUAUUUUUUUUAUAGUAAUAUUUUAGUGCAUUGAAAAACUUGAUUGAUAACAGUAGAUGAUGUAAAUCAGUCAUUCAUAAGUUUUGAUACCUGAAAGUUGGCUUUUGUCUGUUCCAUGCCUUUUCCAUGUUUCUGUUGGACAGCUCGACACACUGAAGUAAGCUACUCUGCUGCACAUCCUGUUCUUAACCUGUCUGACUUCACAAAGGGUGAAGGUGCUAUUUUCAGCCCACUUUGAAUCACAAGAUUUCACUUGUCAUGUUUAAAUCCCGGGGGCUGUUUGGUCAAAGCUUUGCUCCCAGAUCAGGUCUGAAGCUGCAGAUGUGUCUGGCAAACGCUGUCGCUAAUAAAAUAGUGGUGAAAUGAAGUUUUAAUUAAAGUGUUAGCAAAUCUGUCACGGUGUAAUUGACAAAUGAAAUCAAAACAAAACUUGCUUAACCUAAAACACCUUUUGUUAUGUAGUUUUAGUUUUUUCAUUUUUUUUUUAAAGAAAUGUUGAAUUAUGUUUUUGUA